UGGAAGCAGCGUCACUAACAGCGUUGUCCUAAAAGAAAUAUUGUUCUUUUGCCUUCUAAACUACCAGUGGUUUUCAUCCGAGUAGCUUUUCUCUUUGACAAGGUCACCUAUAUAGCAGCCUCUGAUGGAUCUGCUGGACUGUGUGAGAUUAAACCUGUUCCUCAUCGUAUUCAAUAUCUGUCAUGCAGAAGUCGAGAAACAAUGCCCAAAAUCCCUAAGUUUAAAAAAUGGAAAAGUUCGAUUUCAGUCCCGAGGAGGCGUGACGGCAGUUUUUUCCUGCGAUGCUGGUUUUACACUUCGGGGGAGCAAUGUGUCACAUUGCCAAACUGAUGGACACUGGUCCGUGUCAGAGCCGACAUGUGUAUCAAAUGAUCAAAGGUGUCCUGCCGCUGAAAUAGAAUCGAUUCUUCUUCAACCAGGAAGAGCAGUCAAUAUUAGCUGUGCAAAGGACACAACAAUUACAGAUGCUCAGCACUUUUGGACUACAAAUGGCACUUUCAUUACCAACACAUUUAGUGAUAACAACACGCUUGUGAUUUCACCAAAAACUCCAGGCAUGUAUGUAUGCUUAACAUUUAGUUCUGAUGAGGUUGUUAUUUUAAGAGCUGUUAAAAUGAUACUGGAUCAAACUGAUUCAUCUGAAUUGACGCUUGAAAAGUGUAAUUUGACUUUUAAGGACACCGAAACAAAUAUAUCUACUAUGUUUGGUUCAAAUGUAACGCUUUCGUGUGAAAUUAGUUCACUUUCAACAAAGAUACAUUGGUUAAAAAACGGAGAAACAAUAUCCGAUAAGCAUGGUGCAUAUUCUAAAUACAAUUUAAAUAUAACUAAUAUACACAAAGCAGAUGAAGGUAAUUAUACAUGCAUAGUGCAAGAAAAAAACAUUCCUCAAUGUUCUGUGGCAAAAAGUAUGAUAGUGAAGGCAGAGAAAGUCACUCGUCUGCCGUCAGGAUUUGCGUGUGGACAACCCGUCAAUACUGCACGACGAUGGCGACGAGUUAUUGAUGGCAACCGAGCAGCUCCUUUAUCUGCACCAUGGAUGUGUAUGCUAUCUAUGGAUAGAGAGCCUCCGUUUUGUGGUUGUAGUCUUAUAUCUGAGAAGUGGGUUGUCACGGCUGCUCAUUGCUUUAGAGAUGCCAACAAGUUAAAUUCCUCUUUCAUGUCAUUAGAAGAAAUUUACAAAAAGGUUAAAGUAAAAUUUGGUAAACAACAACGACGGCAGUUUGAGAAAGGUGAGGUAGUGAGAAUGAUACAAAGUUUGCUUAUCCAUCCGAAAUUUGUUCUUGAUUCGACUGCAAGAAACUUAGCUAAUGAGCAUGACAUUGCUCUUGCAAAACUAAACGAAUCGCUGAUCUUUCAACCAAGUAUACUACCGAUUUGUUUACCACCAGCUGGAUUCAUGGAUUCAAUACCAGCUGGAACUCUAGGAGUUGUAACUGGUUGGGGAAGAGUAAGUGUGCGUGAUUCGAUCAUGGCUUUGACACUUCAAGAAGCAUUCUUACCGUUAGUAAAUAAUAGCUCCUGUCAAGAAACUACCAAUUACGCAAUUACUGAUAACAUGUUAUGUGCUGGGUAUGCUGAAAGUUAUAGACCAGAUACAUGUUCAGGGGACAGUGGCGGACCCUUUGUACUUCAGAAAUUGAACAGCUGGUAUUUAAUUGGAGUAGUUAGCUGGGGAGAAGGUUGUUCAACGCCUAAGAAAUUUGGAGUAUAUACACGAGUUGAAAAUUAUGUGCCAUGGAUUCAAUCAGUUAUUUCCGGGAAACUAACACCUUGAAAUUGAUUCUCAUAUAAAGGUAUUUGACUGAUAUCACUUUUACAAUAUUGGGCAAAUUCCGAUUUGCUUAGUUCUGCAAAAUAAAAAUAAAAUGUGACAUCCUUAGGAAACACAAUAUACUAUGAUAUUAGAAAUCCUUCACAGCAAAGAGAAAACGUGAAAGUGAAACUGAUAAAAAUCUGCAAAAUGUUUAUUCAUACAUUUAGAUAUGAAAUUAUGCUUGACAGGUUAUAAGCAGCAUAGAAGCAAAUCAGAGUGUAUUCAUAGAAAAUAGGAUUUCUUAAUAAUUCAUUAGCUAUCAUAUCAUGAUGAAGCAUUUGCAUUUAAAUGUAGGCGAAUAUUUGACUAGAAUUGUGUGAAUCUAUACUUAUUCUUCCAAGAUGUUUCAUGUUUCAAGGAAAAAUAGAGUAUAUUAAACUGGAGCUUUUUCUUUUCAACUAACUCACGGUAAACUACAAUAAAAUGUUCAACUUUGAUUAACCGUUUUUGAUUGAUUCUUAAUCCUGCUUGCAGUUUUCCGUGUUGUGAUGUUAUGGAUAACUUUUAGUUUGUUUACUUUAAUUUUUUCAACUUUAAAAAUAAAAUGUCUUUCACGUGUUCCACUUU